AUGACCCUGGAAGAGCUGGUGGCGUGCGACAACGCGGCGCAGAAGAUGCAGACGGUGAGCGCCGCGGUGGAGGAGCUGCUGGUGGCCGCGCAGCGCCAGGACCGCCUCACCGUGGGGGUGUACGAGUCGGCCAAGCUGAUGAAUGUGGACCCUGACUGCGUGGUCCUGUGCCUGCUGGCCAUCGACGAGGAGGAGGAGGAUGACAUCGCCCUGCAGAUCCACUUCACACUCAUCCAGUCCUUUUGCUGUGACAACGACAUCAACAUCGUCCGGGUGUCUGGCAUGCAACGCCUGGCCCAGCUGCUGGGCGAGCCCGCGGAGACCCAGGGCACCACGGAGGCGCGGGACCUGCACUGCCUCCUGGUCACGAACCCGCACACGGACGCCUGGAAGAGCCACAGCCUGGUGGAGGUAGCCAGCUACUGCGAAGAGAGCCGGGGCAACAACCAGUGGGUCCCGUACAUCUCCCUGCAGGAGCGCUGA